GCCAACUAGGGCAAGUGGCUCAAGGACUGCACAAUUCCAUCUACUCCAGUUCAUUGCAGUAUCUUCCUCAUUCUGCACAUUGCACAGUUUGGACAAGGAGACCAAAUUCAGACUGCUGGCAGUUCUCAUAAAAUAAAAUGGUUAAAUAUAUGAGACAGCAGAUCGAGUUGAAAUCAGACGAGAUCCUUUCGGAGUCGGGUGCGUCCAUGGACCAACAGGAUUUUAGCGAUAUGUCUGGAUAUUCCGACAUUCUAUAUUCCGAAUGUUCCGCAAUGGACCAAAUCGACACUUUUAUGAAAAACGUUCAGGUGUUGCUGGAUGCAGCAAAUUACAUUGAGAACAAUGAAAAGAACAACGGAAAAUGUGAACAUGGAUAUGCCUCAACAUGCCCUGCAACUCAGAACAAGCAUCAUCAGAGACAACGGAAAUUAAAGAAUAAGAAAAUUGACAAUAUUCACAACAGAUCAGCACACAAUGAGCUGGAAAAAAAUAGACGAGCACAUCUCCGCCUGUGUUUGGAGAGGUUGAAGACACUGAUCCCACUGGGACCAGACUGCAGUCGGCACACUACCCUGGGGUUGCUCAACAAGGCCAAGGGGCACAUUAAGAAACUAGAGGAGAUGGACCGGAGGAGUCAGCACCAGCUGGAGAGCCUGGAGCGUGAGCAGAGGCACCUGCAGAGGCAGCUGGUCCACCUGCAGACCCCUGGAGGCGGAGACAGGGACAGAGUUCGUAUGGACAGCGUAGGUUCCCCUUUGGCCUUAGAACACUCGGACCGAGAAGAGAUCGAGGUGGACGUGGAAAGCACUGAGUUCUCCCAUGGAGAGUUGGACAGUAUCAGCACCAGUGGCUGCAGUGACUUGGAUGACCACAGCAGUCGGCAGAGCUUGGCCAGCGACGAGGGCUACUCCACCUGCAGUCUUAAACAGACCUUUUCCUCCUAAGAACCAGCCUGAAGCUCCUCAUCCACAGCUGCAGUCUAAACUGGCCUUCUACUAAGAACCAGCCUAAAACUCCACUCCACCUGCAGUCUAUAACUGGUACUGUACAAAGAACCAGCCUGAAGUUCAACUCCUCUUGAAGUUUAAAACUGGACCACUCUUAUUAAUCAGCCUAAAAAUCAACCACCUGCAGUCUAAACUAGCCUUCUCCUCCCAAGAACCAGUAGUUUAAAGCUAAACCCCACCUGCAGUUUUAAAGUGGACUAAUCCUACUACAACAACUGUAAAUCUUGCCCCUGAUGUGGGCGACUGCACUUACAGUCUAAUGUUACCUGUAUCCUCCUAAAACCAGCACAAAAACCACAAAACCAGCCAGAAGCUCACCAGUGCCACUUUCCCCCCCACUUUGGAAACCUCUAGCAGAUGACCCUCUAAUAAAAAAAACUAUUCUCAUCAAUCACCAAGCAGGUCAGUCGCGCUUCUAUAUCUGCACUCCAAACCGGUUCUCUAAUACGGUACCUACAGGUUGAAUAAACCACAAUUACACCUGAAAUCUUUGACACAAGUCACCAAUGUUAUUCCUAAUUUAUUAGAAUAUAAUUGAGAAAUGUAGUAUUUAUUUUUCCAAUAUUUAUUGUGUUGUACUGUAUGUCUUGGUCACACUUGAAUUAUUAUUUAGAUGUGUUGACAAAUGUAAAGUUAAGUCUGUUGUGGUUUUGAACUGAGCAUUGUUUGACAAGUUAUCCCAGACAAAAGCUAGUGCAAUGGUACAGGACAGGCUAAAAGUAUCACUCAGUGGCCUCUUUUGUGAGAUGAUUGACAUCAAUCCCCCUUGAGAUUUCAAAAAGUAAUAUUGUUUGUAUACGGUAGGCAGCUAUAAGCUAUCCCGCACUUCCCAAGCACAAUUCUGAAGCAAUAACACUUAUUGACAGUUAUGUCAACUCUUGAGUUGGCUGUUUUUGGCACACAAUUUUGUCCGUCCAACACCACUUGCUUGUUUUGUAUGCAACUUCAAUAGAUGUAUUAAUUACAAAUAGUAAUCAAUGGUAAGAUAAAAUGGCUGUAAAAGUUGGAACAAAAAAGUAAUGGUGCAUGUGUAUUGAAUGUAACUUUCAAUUGUAUUGUCAUGUGCUUUGGAUUGACCCGUUUUGAGAGCUCAUGUCUUUGUAGCAUGAACAAUAGCACAUGGCAGAAUGUAAUUUGAGUUUUGAAUCACAUCCUUAUUUAGUAACUUAUUUUUUGUAUUGUAGUUGAGAAGCAUUCCAAAGUUAAAACCCUGAAGCUGUAUAUUUUGAGUAUUUGUCUACAAAAAUCACACUGCAAGACUAUUCCACUAACCAAAUUGGACAUUUCAUCGUAUGACCAUACCCAUAUUUUUGUGGUACAACUAAAAAGAUUAUCACCACCAACUGUGUCUUAACGUGGCUAAAUUGACUCUUGCACAGGUUUCUUAGUUCCAGGAAUUUAUUCAAUGUCAGUUUUGGGUAAUUUGUCAAAUGCAUUUUGAAAAAGACUUGGACUAAGAAAGUGUCUCUGAACACUCUCCUGUGCUAAAUCAGCCAUCAAAGGUGACUUUUACAAAGAAUAUAUUGCUGGUCCCCUGCUACUAUUUUGUGUGGUUCAUGGUAAUGGUCCCUUGAAAACUUGAUCAAUAAACCUCUACCACCAUAUGUACCUA